AGGAGGAGGAGGAGGAGGAGGCCCGGUCCAUGUUUGGAAUGGAGGGAUGGAUAGAGGAGGUGGAGGGUUGAUAAACUCAGUCGCAGGCUUCAGACUCUCACUUCUGUCCUGCCCCCCCCCCCACGUCCCAGCAGGCCCUGCACCGCCACGUGUGACUCUAGUGUCCUUGCUCGCCCACAGCGCCCCCUGCAGUCAUGUGUGAUGAUGAGGAGAGCACCGCUCUGGUCUGUGAUAAUGGCUCCGGUCUGUGUAAGGCCGGCUUUGCCGGCGACGACGCCCCCAGAGCCGUCUUCCCCUCCAUCGUGGGCCGGCCCAGGCACCAGGGAGUGAUGGUGGGAAUGGGGCAGAAGGACAGUUAUGUUGGAGACGAGGCUCAGAGCAAACGAGGAAUCCUCACGCUGAAAUAUCCGAUCGAACAUGGAAUCAUCACCAACUGGGACGACAUGGAAAAGAUCUGGCAUCACUCGUUCUAUAACGAGCUGCGAGUGGCUCCAGAGGAACAUCCGACCCUGCUGACCGAAGCUCCACUCAACCCCAAAGCCAACAGGGAGAAGAUGACACAGAUCAUGUUCGAGACCUUUAAUGUUCCUGCCAUGUACGUGGCCAUCCAGGCCGUCCUGUCUCUGUACGCCUCCGGACGCACCACAGGUAUCGUCCUGGACUCUGGUGAUGGAGUCACCCACAACGUGCCGAUCUACGAGGGUUAUGCUCUGCCUCACGCCAUCAUGAGGUUGGACCUGGCGGGUCGUGACCUCACAGACUACCUCAUGAAGAUCCUGACAGAGCGUGGCUACAGCUUUGUCACCACCGCGGAGAGAGAGAUUGUGCGGGACAUCAAGGAGAAGCUGUGCUACGUCGCUCUGGACUUCGAGAACGAGAUGGGGACGGCGGCGACCUCGUCCUCACUUGAGAAGAGCUACGAGCUUCCUGAUGGACAGGUCAUCACCAUCGGCAACGAGAGGUUCCGCUGCCCAGAGACGCUCUUCCAGCCGUCCUUUAUCGGUAUGGAGUCAGCAGGUAUCCAUGAGACAACCUAUAACAGCAUCAUGAAGUGUGACAUCGACAUCAGGAAGGAUCUGUACGCCAACAAUGUUCUGUCCGGAGGGACCACCAUGUACCCGGGCAUCGCCGACCGCAUGCAGAAGGAGAUCACUGCGCUGGCCCCGAGCACCAUGAAGAUCAAGAUCAUCGCCCCUCCAGAGAGGAAGUACUCGGUGUGGAUUGGCGGCUCCAUCCUUGCCUCCCUCUCCACCUUCCAGCAGAUGUGGAUCAGUAAGCAGGAGUACGACGAGGCCGGGCCAUCCAUCGUCCACCGCAAGUGCUUCUAGACAGAUCGACGAGACCCCGCCCCCUCACAGCGUCUUAUUUUAGCCUCACCAACCACGAGCUAGCAGAUACCAGACCAGCAUCCCCACGGCGGCAGCAGAAAGGCUUUUAUUUUGACAGCUGGUAAACAGGAAGUUAUGUCGUCUUUUGUAAUGUGACUGAACCUUCAAACAUCUUCUGUGAGCGCAGAACUCGUCCUCCAUCUUUAAAGCCCCGCCCCUCCCACCUCACCUCCACCUGUGGCUCCGCCCCUGUGGCCCCACCCCGCCAUCUUCCAUGUUGGUACUGUUUGUCAGGAAGUGUUUUUGAUGAAGGAAGCUUGAUGUCACACAGUGUAUGAUGAUGUCACACAGUGUAUGAUGAUGUCACACAGUGUAUGAUGAUGCGAUGAGCAGGAGGCGUGGCCUCACAGUGCUGUCUGCAUUAUAAACAGGAAGUGAACGUGUGAAAGAACGACAAUAAAGAGCUCAUACAAGAAA